AUGUCUACUGCACCAUUUCUUCGCCUCUCAGUGGCAUUGUUACUUCUCUUAGCCACGACUGUCUUUGCUGCUGAUGACGAAAAGGACAACACGGACUUUCUGCUGAAUGUGUUCUCUGACAUUGGCCCAAUCCUAGCACUUUUCGGGGAACAAUUCGCUCGUCAGUUCCUCAGCGAAACGUUUACCUGGGAAGAUCAUAUCAUUUUUGCGUGUAUUCCCCUUGGUAUUAUAACAGCAAUCGCAGGCGCUAUUCGCGUUCAAGGUGGCGGCUUAUUUAAGGCUGUUAUUGGACGUGCACGAGAGAACCAUGCAGCUGCUGAGAUUGAGUAUAUGUCUUCAACUUCUACCGAGGUUUGUGAACUUUACAACGGAGAGGCAAUUCUUCGAACAAUGGGUACGCCAUACAUCGGCCAAAUCAUUGUUUGUCCUGAUCAAUUCUCAAAUGGACCUGAAAGGGACGACAAGGAGAAUUCCUGCGGAAUCCAUACGCUCGAAACUGCGAAAAAGAAGGGGAUCAUGGAUCACCAAGACUAUCAGUCAGAGAGUCGUCCCAAUCUAUUCAAAUGGUUCAGUCCUUCACCGACAACGACAGAUGCCAUCCCAGUACCAAAUGUAGAGCCACCAAGAGAUCUUGAAAGUGGCACAGCUCGAGGGCAAGAUGUGGUGAGCUCUGAAAGCCAUGGAUCCUAUCAGGAGACUUCUCAUGAGCCUCAGAUACCUCUAGUCGAACUCUUGGGAAAUUCCGGCAGAAACGGGGCACGCCAGGGAACCCCGCUACAUGGCCGAAGCUCCUCCGAUAAACAGAUGACCAGUCGAAAUCUCACGCUUGAUGGCCAGAAUUCGGAAAAGAAAAAUCCCUGGCUUACUUUGAAAAGCCCCAAUCUUCAGCUGAACAUUCCCUGUGCGGAUGUCUCCGAGAAAAACCACCAUUAUCACCUUGUUCUAGCUGCCGUAGUAGCAUUAACAUUGCAGCUUGCACUGCUUGUAAUUGCUGUAUCGACAGUCUACUUUAUUGCUGGAUUUGAGCCAGAACCUUGGGGGCUCCCUUGUUAUCUUGGCGGUUCCGUCCUUCUUUUUUUAGGCAUGUUGGCCUGCUCGGUAGCGAUAGAAAAACGAACUCGCGAGCUCGUUUGGUUUAUUUCAAAUCGAGUCGACAAUUCGGGACAACGUGAAGAAUUCCAUCUUAUCUGGGUUCAACGCAAUCAGCGCGUGAGCGAACAAGACUUUGGUUCCUAUAUCAUCGAUGGGGGUACCAGGCGUCAAGUUAUGACAUCGAGUCGGCAUGAAGACCUGGAAGGUCUGGAGAAACCUGACCACACUGCGAAUGAACCUGCAAACGUACAGGCAGCUACGGCUAAUACAUCGUCAAGUCAACCGAAAGGUGGCGGCAGGGAUCCAAAACUCCCAUUGCUGUUACUAUUACCCUUGGUAGCAGUUCUGUUCGGCGGGACUGGCUUUACUGUUCAGUUCAUCGGGCUGAGAGGUCUCCCCUGGCCCUGCGCUAUUUCUCAACUCGGCGCCAUGAUCAUUAUGGCGAUCAUAAGGGCCCUCAUACGUCGCCGUCUUACGAAAACUCUAAAGCAUCAUUGUGUGCUUGAAAAGCACGAACUCGACUACCUGGCUAUCCAACUAGUUGAACAGAAUGGCAAGAUAUUUCAUGAUGAACCUGAGAAGAAUCAAUGUUCUGCACAAGGAUGGGAUAUCCGUUCGAUACUCCAAUAUGCCUUGAGCAAGAUGGUCAGAACUAAGUCCGACGAGAAACAGAAACCAUCUACAGAGGUGCUUGUGUGGAAGGUCGACACGGCAUCUGACGUAACAUUCAAGUCGCAUAAACAGUUAGACGCUGAUCCCGCGAGUAUAAAGGACGAGCUUGUUUUCAAGCCACGUGAUAUCACUGCUGUGGCAGAAUCCAAUUUUAUCAUGGGCUCUACUGAUAACCACGACUCCCAAGCUACCCACACUGAUGAGGGUCAGCGAGCAAUUUUGGUUCGAAAGCGUUUGGGAGACUUGUGCAAGUGGCCCAAUGGUACAUCCAAGUCAGCACUAGCAUUGACUCUGUCUAUCGAAAGGUUCAUGAAAGAGUUUUUCCCACGAGGACUACCUGCCAAUGUCAACGACAAGCUUACCUUGAAGAUUCCUUUCACUCGUUCUCAUGAACCCGAUAAGAAGACCCAUAACUCCGAUUAUGCGACCACUAGUUGGGUCAAGCUGGACGUUACAAGAGAUUUCCAGUCCAAUGGAUGGAACGCGGACAAUGGACAGAUAGAAGCAAUUUUGUCCCUUUGGAUGGCCCAUUGGACGGCUCGUCGGGCUGAUCACCUUGAAACAGAUCGAGACAAGGACAAUGUCAAAGAUCAGUACACUGACUGGAGGCGUGCUGGCGAUGGAUCUCAUGUUGAAUACUGUAGGAGGAUCGGUGAAAACCGUAACGGAGUGUUGAAUCGUGAUAUAUCUUGGUGGGUGAACAAUGCCGUUGAAGGGUUACAGUCAGAGAGCCCUACGACAAUGGAAGGACAACACGACGAUGCUAGCUCCGGGAGGAAGGAUGACCGAUUUCAUAUCGGCUUUAAUUGUGUGAAACCAUCUAGCAACGUCGAAAGUCCUGACGGCUCAGCAUUAUCUAUCAGCUCUGAUAGACUGGACAGCUCUGAAUCCUCUGCCAAGUACGAAAUACCUGACAGUUCUGGAAUGUUUCCGAGCCCCGAUACGCCCAAGUUCUUGGUGCAGUACUCAACCGCUGACCUGGUAACUGUGAUGGCACAGCAUCUUUUCACUUGUUUUAUAUGGAACAUCGGGAGCUUGUUACCAAAGAACCUUUUCAACCGUGGAGACAUCAACAUAAAUGAGUUUGUCAAAGUCGAAUCUUCUCGUUUGUUCGAUCUGCCUUCGUCCAUCAGGUCACAGUCUGGUCGCAGACUGAGUCACCGGCAGCUCACAAAGUUCGUUAAUUAUGCCGAAAAACAAGGGCUCGGUACUACGGAUGAUAUUCUCUUAUGUAUCAUUCCAACCCUUAGUCUCUUCGAUUGCCUACCCAACAAUGUUGUACUCGACUACGACCAGCUCGCUCCCAAGCCCUUUGGAAACUUCAGAGAGUCGGAGCAGAGGGAACAGUGUAGUCGACACAUUAAUCUUCUGGGUUGUAUUGUGAAGAACAAUGGUAUAGGACAGGAUGAAUAUUUUGCAUUGGCCACUGUGGUGAACACAAUGGAGUUCGUUUACCUCACAGCCCUUCACGUUGAAAAGGCCAAUGUCUGCAGAGCAUCGGAAAAAACACAUCCGAGUGAAUUCGUCGAUCUUCUUAAAAGGUUAUUCGAGUAUUUCGGUGACUCACUCAGAAAGUUAUCUCCAUUCUACGAUCUGCAAAGACGUCGCCAAACGCUACAGGCCUUAUUCCGCGAUUUCGAAAUCGGCACAGAGACUGACGACGUAUGGUCCUCGGGCUGGAGCGAACACGAGCAAGACAAGUCUUUCAUGCACAAGAUUGGAUUCACAACUUGGCAUCGUAGGGUGGUAGAAAUCAAAACAGGUCGCUGGUUGAACUUACGGACCCUACUUGUGGGUGUGAAAGAUGGUACAGAGCGAGAUAUCUUUGGAUGGACACCACUGCACUAUGCUGCGGCCCGUCCAGGCCUCAAAUUCACACCGAAACGCAAAAUUUCCGAGAUGGGUCCCCCGGAUAGCCGACUAGAAAUUACCUUGAAUGAUAAUCUCCGAACAAAUCGAUGGGCCGAUAAAUUUCGUCGAAGUCCUGUCCAUAUUGCGGCAGCAGCUGGAAACUUCAAUUUCCUUCGCAUCUUACUCCCUUACUUGCAUAAUGAAGCAAAAUUGGCCAUAUGCAAGGGUGGCAUAGAUGAAAUGAGCCCGCUACAUCUAGCUGCACAAGGAAAUCACAAGAACUGCAAGAUCGAUGUGAAUACACAGAACCCAAAGCAAUAUUCUGUUCAAGGAAAUUGCAAAAAGUGCAUUGUCGCUCUCCUAGACAAUAGGCCUCAAGUUCGAAAGGAUACAGACGCUUGGAAGCAGAGUCCAAUCCAUACGGCACUAGCCAAACAAUGCUAUGAGUGCACCCUUAGCCUAUUAGAGGGCAAGAAUCUCGACUUCAGCCCCGAAGCAUCGGACGAAUUUGAGAAUCCGUUAUUGUCUUACUUCGACGAAAAGAACGAAGAGCAUAUUUCUGUUGGGAGAGAGCUUCUUUUGAAGCACUACAAGAAAUUCCAGGCGCCAGCAAGUGGACGUGACAAUAUCUUACAUCAUGCAAUCAAGUUUCUAGGAUAUUUUGAUCUUCCUCUCUUACUGAAUCUCCUGGAGGACUCAAUCACGUCUCCCAAAUCUGAUUUACAGAUCGACGUUGCCAAUAGUUGGGGCCAAACACCUUUGUAUUUGGCUGUCUCGGCUAAGAAGUCCAGACUAGUCAGGUGUCUUGUCAUGGCGGGUGCCUGCCCGUCACUACAAGAUAAAGAUGGAAUCUCACCCAUGAUACUCGCUUGCCAACGCGGCGACGCAGAAUCUGCAAUGAUCCUAUUACGAAAUGAAACUUAUCGAGGGAACGAAAGCGACUCUCAGGGUAAAACAGCUUUGCAUCACGCAACCUCGUCUUCCGAGUGGCGUAGCGACUGGUACUGUCUCGAAAUAGUUCAGCGGCUCUCAGAUGUCAUGAGGACGAUAGACGUUCAGGAUCAUGAGGACGAAACGCCAUUGCAGUCUGCUGUCAAAGCGAACAGAAAAGACGUUUGCUUGGUUUUACUACGCAGCAAGGCUAGUAUCAAUCUAGUAGACAUCGGCAGUCUAAGUGCUCUGAACCAGAUUGUUAUGUCAAGCCUCGAAACGGAAAAGAAACUCCGAACGAGAUGGGAAGAUCAAAUUCGAGAGACAGCCACAAAACAUGCCACCGAACAAGAUAAAAAUGGAGAUACUGCUUGGCAUAUGGCUGUCCAUCGAGAGAAUGAUGACACGUUGGAUUGGCUUAUGCAGAACAAGGCUGGCAUACGUAUCAAGAACAAUUCGGGGGCCACAGCUUUCAUCGAAGCAUGCCGCCAAGACAAGUGUCAUAAGUUCAUUCGAAAAGUCGUGGAUACCCUCAAUUCUAAAAGGCGUGGUUCAGCAGCCAGUGAAACAUCUCAACACAAAGCCCACAUAGGUAUUGAGGAGCUUGAUUCAAGCAAUGAAAAUUCUCAGUCUGAUGGCAGCAUCAUACUUGAUAUCGUCGAAGGUGAUACUACCUUUGACCAAUCUCCCUUGGCUUGGGCCUGCGAGCGCGGGCUCAAAACGGUUGUUGAAAUCUUACUCACCUCAUGGUCAAUCAACAUUAGACGAAUGGCAACUGAAUUUCACAACUAUACGCCGCUACAUUUCGCAUUAGCUAACAAGAAGCCUACGAUUGUCCAGCUAUUGCUGGAUCACUCGGAAGGGUCUGUCAUCUGGAAUGAGCCAGACGAUGAAGGCCUCACAACAAUUCAGUUUGCGAUGAGAAAUCCAGACAAAGAUUGCCUUUACAGAUUGCUAAUGCAUGCUAAGGGCAAGCGCGGUGAGCUUUCCUAUGACGACCCGGGAGCUAUCUUGAAAGUCUGUUCCGGUUGUGACAUCCGGCCGAGUGACUGGACUUGGAUUUUGGAUCGAAUUGGAUUAGACGAGACAGUGGAAAAAGGUUAUAUUGACGAAGAUAACUGGACACUUACUGAUGUUGCUUGGAAAUACGGCCAUUUGGAUCUUCAAAAACAUCUGCGCAGCAAGAUAGACGACAGCAUCAAGGCGCCACCACCUCUUCGACCGUCGAUAUUUUUCGGCGACUACUCUGGCUUAUCGUUCACUGACAGUUUAGUACCUGGUCAAACCCGGACGAUCAACAUGGAUGUAACAUUUUCUGGAUCUUUCUCAACGCACUUUUGUUUCCGCACUAGAGAACCUAUUGGCCCAAACGAUUCAGGCUUUUAUUUUGAGGUCAAACUUCUUCAUCUUCCCAAGAACCAAGUAUUCAUGAUGGGCUUCUGUGGAACAGAAAUUCGAGAAGGUCGGGCACCGGGUUGGGACCCAGGAUCUUGGGCCUACCACACAGACGACGGAGGUUUGUAUGAGGGUAAAGACUGGGCUGCUAUUAUUGCGGACCCCGAACACAUCUGCAGAGAAAACGAUGUUAUGGGUUGCGGCGUGGAUUUUGGUACGGGUAAAGGCUAUCGAACACGGAAUGGAAAUUUGCUCAGGUCUGGGGACGCUUUCCAGGAUGACUGGCUAAAGACUGGAAAGCUAUACCCUUGUGUGGGUUUCCGUGAUGAUGGUGAUAAGGACAGACUGGAAGUCCAAAUCGUUUUGCUCGGCUCCAGGACGCAAUCUUUUCAGAAUGGCUUGCCCCCAGCGGGUGAACUGCAACCCAUUGACGAAACAUAG